GUGGCCGGCGGGGCGGGGCCCAGCCAAAGGAUCCAAAAUGGCUGACUUCGAGGAUCGGGUGUCGGACGAGGAGAAGGUGCGGAUAGCUGCAAAAUUCAUCACUCAUGCACCACCAGGAGAAUUUAAUGAAGUGUUUAAUGAUGUCCGGUUACUGCUUAACAAUGACAAUCUUCUCAGGGAAGGGGCAGCACAUGCAUUUGCCCAGUAUAACAUGGAUCAGUUCACUCCCGUGAAGAUCGAAGGGUAUGAUGAUCAGGUCUUAAUUACAGAACACGGCGACCUUGGCAAUGGCAGAUUUUUGGACCCAAGGAACAAACUUUCCUUUAAGUUUGAUCAUUUAAGGAAAGAAGCGAGUGAUCCCCACCCUGAGGACACAGAAGCAGCUCUAAAGCCAUGGAGAGAUGCCUGUGACAGUGCGCUGAGGGCAUAUGUGAAAGAUCACUAUCCCAAUGGCUUUUGUACUGUUUACGGCAAGACUAUAGAUGGACAGCAGACAAUCAUUGCCUGUAUUGAGAGCCACCAGUUUCAGCCCAAAAACUUCUGGAAUGGCCGUUGGAGAUCCGAGUGGAAAUUUACCAUCACGCCCCCUGCAGCUCAGGUGGUUGCAGUGCUGAAGAUCCAGGUUCAUUACUAUGAAGAUGGCAACGUGCAGCUAGUUAGCCAUAAAGAUAUCCAAGACUCUCUAACGGUUUCAAAUGAUGUCCAAACAGCCAAGGAAUUUAUUAAAAUCAUAGAACAUGCGGAAAAUGAGUAUCAGACGGCAAUCAGUGAAAACUAUCAGACUAUGUCCGACACCACGUUCAAAGCCUUGCGUCGGCAGCUGCCCGUCACUCGCACCAAGAUUGACUGGAACAAAAUCCUCAGCUACAAGAUUGGAAAAGAAAUGCAAAAUGCUUAAGGCAGAACUGAUGAGAUUGAUGAAAUGGUAGCGUACAAAAAAACUAAAUGUGGUCAUAUGCCAAGUAGGUGGUUUCCAAACCAGUGUGGCAUUUUGCUAGGGCUUUCAAAGUUAACAAGUUUUCUUGCCUCAAGGAGAACUAUUGAACAAAUAGCAUUGUCUUUGUGUUUUGUGUUCCCUACCAUAUAAACUUCCUGUUACUGCAUUUACUAGGAGGUCAUUUGAAUUAAACCACAUUCAUAGUUCGAUGAUAUAGCUCUGUUUGGGAGUCACUGUAAUUACUGGUUGGAAAAUUUCCUAGCCCUGAAAGCCCUUUUAUAAAUACAGGCAGGUGGUGGUGGGAGUAUUUUCCCUGCACCCUUAUACAGCACUGCAGGUACUUCAGUAAGUUUGUCUGAUCUGGUAACAGCUCAAGCUGCUGCGCUGCAAACUGUAACAAAUGCCAGAGAAGACGCAUCUCCCACACAUGCCUGCUGUCGAUCUCUACAUAGCAAUGGGCCUAUAGGCUUCGAUUUUAAUAUCUGAAAUGAGUUUACAUGAUCCCUUACAGAAAUCUCAAGAAGGCCAGAUUUUCUGUGUAAGUAAUUUUUUUAAACCCAAAGAUUCCAUGUUCCCUCUAAGUGAACCUUUUUUUUUUUUU